ACUCAAGUUGAUAUCCAGGAUGUCUUCCCAAAACAUCUACGACAAUUCCACCUUUUUCUCUGCCUACGGGACCCUCCCCCGCUCGCAGCUCGGGCUACCAGGUGCCCCGGAAUGGCCCGCCCUGCAGGCCAUGGUACUCGGCGACGCAGCCCAAUCACUACAAGGACACCGCGUUCUUGAUCUCGGAUGCGGGUAUGGCUGGUUCACGCGCUGGGCCCGAGACAGCGGGGCCCAUGUGAAGGGGGUCGAUAUUUCAGAGAAGAUGAUUUCGCGAGCAAGGGAGUCAGAGGCCAAUUCGAAUUCGUCUACAGGGGAGAUAAAGUAUGAAGUGGCGGAUAUCGAGUCGAUUACCUUCAAAGGAGAACGGGAAGGGUAUGAUCUGGUUUACAGCUCGCUGACACUGCACUAUAUCGAGGAUUUGAGUCGACUCUAUCGCGAGAUCCAUACCGCGCUUAGGAAAGGAGGCAAGUUUGUCUUCUCGGUUGAGCACCCGAUAUGCUCUGCGCCUGUUAAUCCAGGGCCGGACUGGAAAUCUAUACAGGGAGAAGGCCAAGAACACAAGAUAUGGCCCUUGAACGGGUACAGCGACGAAGGGUGGCGGGUCACAAGCUGGCUUGGUGUCGACGGGGUGAGGAAGUACCAUCGGACGGUGGAAACAUAUGUCCAGCUUCUUUUGAAGAAUGGCUUUGCUUUGACGGGGUUCAGGGACUGGGCGCCCUCUUUGGAGGACGUUGCAGAGCAUCCUGAGUGGAAGGACGAGAGACAUCGGCCUUAUUUCUUGUUGAUCAGUGCAGAAGCGACCUAAAUAUUGGAUAGACGUUACUGCCCCUGGUGGAGAGGAUAUAUUCAUGAAUCAAUAAACCCCCGAAGUCUCUGUUUGAGAAAAACCAAUCUAGUCAUGACGCAGAAUUGCCAACUUGUUGACAUAUACCUCAAACUGUAUCAGUUUCCCAGCUACGAUGCAGCUGCCCAUUGAGGCCUGGUAAAGCUGCAACUUUAUACAGGGAGACGUGUUGUGGCGUGGUAUAA